AUCCAGGGAAUUAGACUUUUUGUUGAAGAACUGGGAAAAGUCAGUAAUGUAGUUGUUGAAGAACUGGGAAAAUUUAGUAAUGUGGUUGUUGAAGAACUGGGAAAAGUUAGUAAUGUGGUUGUUGAAGAACUGGGAAACUGUUUAACCAAGUGGCUUCUUCUAACUGUUCGUGUCUCAUCUGUAGAUCUUAAUGGAGCUGGAUGCGCGAGGGAGUCGGGAGUGAUGGAAACACGAAUGGCGGACCUCACUAAUAAUGUUAACAAUUCUAUAAUAACCGCUGGGACUCAGGACCAGGGAGUUCAUUUCCAACAGCAAUUACUACAGCUCAAACAAGAACAGCAGCUUCAGCAACAGCUACUUCUGCAACACUUUCAGCAACAGCAGCAACAACUAGCAGAGCAGCACGAACUACAGUUUCAGGAGAGAAUUAAGGAAUAUUUGGAGCAUCAGAAGAGGAAUGAGAAACAGAAGCUGGAGAAAGAGAGAAGAGAGAAGGAAAAACUUGACGCUUUGAAAAAAAAGGAGAAACAUGAACAAAGUGCUGUAGCAUCAUCGGAAGUUAAACAACGACUUCAGGAGUUUGUUCUCAGCAAGAGACAGAGAGAGACGGCCUCUAGUAGUGCUAACAAUUCUCCUCCAAACUUCUGCAACUGGCAUCCCUUGCUUGGCAAGUAUGACGACGACUUCCCGCUUAGAAAAACGGCGUCCGAACCAAACCUUAAAGUCCGAUCUGUGUUGAAGCAGAAAGUGUUAGACAGGCGCAGUAGCCCCUUGUUAAGACGUAAGGACAAAGGGCCGAUCCCCGUGAAGAGAAGACCACUUCUUGCAAACGGAAAUAGUAGUAAAUCGGAUUCUGGGCCAGGAUCACCACAAGAGGGAGCCAGUAUUCAUUCCCUUCAUUCUAGUAAUGGCAGUACUCCUAUACAAGAGGAACCAGGUCCUUAUUUGUUUGGUCAUGGUAGCAACAUGUCUCUAUAUUCAUCUCCUUCCAUGCCGAACAUAACACUUGGACGUCCACCUGUACCAACAAGCAAUGCUGCAGAAGGGAAAGGAAUGUCAGCAAUGUCUGAAGCACAGUUACGAGCAACGGCUGCAGCGAGACUGGGUGUACCUCUAACGUCACACAUGCUACACUCAUCCCUCCCUUUUUACCCCUCUUUGCCAGUUAUUGAUGGAGAG